GUUAAGCGCAGCCAAACUUGUCCUAAGUCAAAAUAAUCUAGACAACUGUAACAAAUUUCCAUGGAACUUCCAUUCCAUUUUCUCAGGAAUGAAAACUAAUUUUGCACUUCUGUUCUAACAAGUAAAUUCAAACUUUUGCAUCAUAAGUUUGUUAUAUAAUAACAGUUUUCACAUCUCCAAAAGUUCAAAAUAAUUAUUUCAUUAUUAAGCACUCAAAAGCAUUGAUGAUGGCUGAUAAUAGGCACCAAUAUCCAACACUAGCACAAAAGUUUGGUUCUCAGUUUCAUCUAAGAUCCAACCUUUCUUCCUCAAAUGCAGUGUUUGUUCCAUCACCAUCAGAGAAAAACUUUGCAAGUUUUGCAACUGAUUUUCUGAUGGGAGGAGUUUCUGCAGCGGUUUCGAAAUCUGCAGCUGCUCCUAUCGAACGCGUGAAGCUUCUGAUUCAAAAUCAAGACGAGUUGAUCAAGGCUGGUAGACUUUCCGAACCUUACAAAGGAAUUGGAGAUUGUUUCGGUAGAACAAUCAAAGACGAAGGGUUUGCUUCGCUUUGGAGAGGAAACACGGUCAAUGUUAUCCGAUAUUUCCCAACGCAGGCCUUCAACUUUGCAUUCAAAGACUAUUUCAAGAAGCUAUUUAACUUCAAGCAAGAGAGAGAUGGAUAUUGGAAAGUGUUUGCAGGAAAUAUUGCAUCUGGUUCUGCAGCAGGAGCUUCAUCCUCCGUCUUUGUUUACUCAUUGGAUUACGCUCGAACGCGACUUUCAAGUGACACGAAGUCAGUGAAGAAAGGCGGAGAGAGGCAGUUCAAUGGCCUGGUUGAUGUCUAUAAGAAGACAUAUCACUCAGACGGUAUUGUAGGUCUUUAUCGCGGUUUCAACGUCUCGAUUGUUGGAAUCACUGUCUACCGCGGUUUGUAUUUCGGAAUGUAUGAUUCUCUUAAACCAGUGGUCUUAGUAGGAUCAUUUCAGGAUAAUUUCCUUGCUAGCUUUGUUCUAGGAUGGGUAGUUACAGUUGGAGCUAGUGUUGCAUCUUACCCUUUCGACACGGUUCGCAGAAGAAUGAUGAUGACAUCAGGUGAAGCUGUGAAGUACAAGAGUUCAAUGGAUGCUUUCACACAAAUUGUGAAAAGUGAAGGGCCAAAAUCUCUCUUCAAAGGUGCUGGUGCAAACAUACUUAGAGCAGUUGCUGGUGCUGGUGUGCUUGCAAGUUAUGAUAAACUUCAGGUUAUUAUGUUGGGAAAGAAAUAUGGUUCUGGUGGAGCUUAGUUUUCAAUAAGAGAGAACCUAUAAAGUAGAAGAUAAUGAUGAAAAAACCAAUAAAUAAACCAGUUUAGGCUGUUAAAUUCAUUAUUUAUUUCUUUUGAGAAAUUACUCUAUGGUUUGCUGAAAUUUUCUUAGAUUUUAUGUAUCCAAAUAAAGAAUGAAACUCACAUGAUUGAAUGGAAUAUAUAUAUUUUUAUCAAGAACUGAGUGCAUGUUAAAAAUGUGUUUGAGAAUCUGUUGAUGUGUAUUACUAUUUUCUAGCAACUUUUGUAAAUUUACUUGAAGAUAGUCCAAAGACAAUACCUACUUAUCUAUGCACUAUCUUUAUGGGCACAUUUA